AUGGAGCCCCCCCCGGAGCGCGGUGAGGCGGGACCCCCCCCCGGUGAGGCCGAGCCCCCCCCGGGGCCGCUGGAGCUGCGGCUGCGGACGGUGGAGCGGGAGCUGGCGCUGGUCAAGGCGGCGCUGGGGGAGACCCUGCGCAGUUACGGGUACCGGGGCCGGGACUCGCGCUCCAACCUGCACGUGCUGGGCUCGGGGGAGCUCGUCUACUUCAUCGCCUGCGUGGUGGUGCUGCUGCAGCUGCCGGCGCGGCGCCAGCGCCACUACCUGCGCCACAGCGACUGCGUGCGCUGCCUGGCCGUGCACCCCGACCGGCUCCGCGUGGCCACCGGGCAGGCGGCCGGAGUGGACAAGGACGGCAAGCCCCUGCAGCCCAUCGUGCACAUCUGGGACUCGGCCACGCUCCAGACCCUGCAGCAGAUCGGCCUCGGCUCCUUCGAGCGCGGCGUGGGCUCGCUGGCCUUCUCCACGGCUGACCAGGGCGCGUUCCUGUGCGUGGUCGAUGACUCCAACGAGCACAUGAUGUCGGUGUGGGACUGCGCCCGCGGGAUCUGGAGCUGGAGCGGUGGCGCGCUCACCAAGAAACACGGCAUCUUCAGGAAGUACAAGAAGCCCAAGUUCAUCCAGUGCUUCAUCUUCGACGCCGCCGGGGCGCUGCUGACCGGGGACUCGGAGGGGAACAUCCUCACCUGGACCCGCACCCCGGGCAAGGGGGGCAAAGAGAUGUACCAGAUCGGGCAGCAGACGCGGGCCCACGAGGGCAGCGUGUUCGCGCUCUGCCGCCGCCGCGACGGGACCGUGCUCAGCGGGGGCGGGAAGGACCGCAGGGUGCUCAGCUGGAGCCCCACGCUGGAGCUGCUGCACGAGGUCGAGGUGGGGGACGUGGCCGGGGGCUGCAAAUUGCUGCGGAACCGCUUCGAGAGCCGGGACCGGGAAUGGGCCUCCUACACCUGCGUGCUGGGCUUCCACGUCUUCGGGGUGUGGCCGGACGGCUCGGACGGCACCGACAUCAACUCGCUGUGCCGCUCGCACCACGAGCGCGUGGUGGCCGUGGCCGACGACUUCUGCAAGGUUCACCUGUUCCAGUACCCCUGUGCCCGGGCCAAGGCUCCCAGUCACGUGUACGGCGGGCACGGCAGCCACGUGACCAACGUGCGCUUCACGCACGACGACGGACACCUGGUGUCGCUGGGCGGGAAGGACACCAGCGUCUUCCAGUGGCGGGUGCUGCCCGGGGACAGCGCCUGAGCCCCGCGCCUUCCUCCUCCUCCUCCUCCUCGCUGCUUCCUCUUCCCCCUUUCCCCCCUUCCUGGGACCAAAGAGCGGCUCGGGGUUUGGUGGAAAGC